UCCCCCGCUCCCCCCCCCGUCAAAGUUGUGAAACCUCCCACGCUCCUACCUGCAUCCUGGAGGGAUUUCGACUCCGCUCACACGGGUGGGACCUCUGGCAGGCUGCAUCUGCUACGUCUCUCUCUCUCUCUCUUUCCCUGUCUCCCUCUUCUCUCUCGUGACUUUCACUCCCCCCCCCCUUUCCUUCCCGUUCUCGCCCGGCACAGAGCGGUGGAGUCCAUUCCAGUCCGGGCCCGGAUCCAUCCCUCCAGGAUCGCGCCGGCCACAAGUUCGCCUCUCCCCUCUGACGCACUUUAAAGAGUCUCCCCCUUCCACCUCCGGGCGAGUAAUAGCGACCAAUCAUCAAGCCAUUUACCAGGCUUCAGAGGAAGCUGUUUAUGUGAUCCUCGGCACUAAUUAGGCUCAUGAACUAACAAAUCGUUUGCACCACUUUGGGCAAAGGGACCCGAUCGCAAGCUCGCUCGCUCGCUCGCGCUCUCGCCUCGUUCUCGCUGGAUUGCCGCUGGACCUCGCCGGGGCCGCCUUGGGUGCUGCACUAAAAAGGACAAGACGGAGGUGCGGGAGGGAAGGGAGGAGGAGGCGGAGAAGGAGAAGGGGGCAAAAAGAAGAAAGGCAGAACUUCGCCCAGCAACUUUUUCUCUUCCCCACUUCGCUUUCCCGUCGGGCGGAUGAAGUGAGUGCAGAGCUUUGCCUCCCGCUCGGGCGCUCGCCUCUCCAUGUGGCCGCACAGCUCUCUUGCUGCUGCCGCUGCCACCGCGGACGGCUGCCCGGCUGCCAGGCUCUGGAUCUAGGUGGGCCAGGCGCCCCGAUCGUCUCCGCCGGACGUCGACGCCUCCGAGGAGGAGCCGCGGGCGCAGCGGAGGGCGCGCCCGCCGCCCGGAGGCCCCGGUGCCGGGCGCUUGGCCGCCAGGAUGUUUCAACCGGCGCCGAAGCGCUGCUUCACCAUCGAGUCUCUGGUGGCCAAAGACAGCCCUGCGUUGCCCGCCUCCCGCGCCGAGGAUCCCAUCCGGCCCGCGGCGCUGAGCUAUGCCAACGCAAGCCCCAUGAACCCUUUCCUCAACGGCUUCCACUCGGGCGGCCGCGGCGUCUACUCCAACCCGGACUUGGUCUUCGCAGAGGCCGUCUCGCACCCGCCCAAUCCGGCCGCCGUACCGGUGCACCCGGUGCCCCCGCCUCACGCCUUGGCCGCGCAUCCGCUGCCGGCCUCACACUCCCCGCACCCGCUCUUCGCCUCGCAGCAAAGGGACCCCUCUACUUUCUACCCCUGGCUAAUACACCGAUACAGAUAUCUGGGCCAUCGGUUCCAAGGUAAAAGUUUGGUUUCAGAACCGAAGGACAAAGUUCAAGCGGCAGAAGUUGGAAGAGGAAGGCUCGGACUCCCAACAAAAGAAAAAGGGGACUCAUCAUAUUAACCGGUGGAGGAUCGCCACCAAACAAGCCAGCCCGGAGGAGAUCGACGUCACGUCGGACGAUUAAACAUCUCCCACUUUAAAAAACCCCACAAUAAUAGUAAUACAAUAAUAAAAAGACGACGACGACGACGAAGCGGCGGCGGCGGCGGCAAAACUCCCGGCUGGCACUUAACAGACUUUCCCACGAACAACUCAAGUGUUAAAGGCUCGCGACAACCGCAGGAAAGUGAGUGGCGCGGCCAGGGCGAGGGACAGCAAACCGGCUGGAUCCCACCAGGCGAUUCUCGUUUUUCUGUUUUUUUUUCUGUUUGGUUUUGUUUUGUUUCUGUUAUCGAGAGGGGCAGUUUGAGAGGGGGCGAGAGCCUGUCGGCCAGUUUAAGCCAGCCCAGAAGUCAGUCCAUAAAGGGUAGGGGCCUUGGCUGGUCCUGCAUUGGUACAAUUUUGUUUUAAGCGCAAAAAAAGAGAAGGGGGGAGGGGAAUCUGUCAAUCAAAGCCAAACCACCAAGACGAGGUGAUUGACCAAUAUUCCGUUUCUCGCCAUUCGAACUCAAAUCGCUCCAAAUUUUUAAAGGGAUCGCAUACACACGCAUCCGUACCGGGACACUCUGCAGUUGACGAGGGAUUUUGUUCUUAUUAAUGAUGAUUCUGAGUGUCUCCCAGGCUUUUAGGAGAGAAGAUCCCAUACCCAACCAAAAUCGACACACCUGUUUCAGAGAAACUUGAACUGCAUGCUUUCUUUUUAAAAAUUUUAAAAACCUCGAGGGAGGGGGAAGAAGGAGGAGGGGGAAGGGCGUUUUUUUUUAAUGGUCCCUAAAGUCAGACAUGAACUGUGCUUUCCCCCCUCCCCUCCUCAGAGACAGGUUCUGUGUGCUUUUUAAAUUUAUUUUACGAGAAACUGUGCAGUCUGUAAACCUUUCUAUGAUAACUUCUGGCGUCAACGUGGUUGUGAAAACUCAAUGAAGUAGCGGUAACAAAUUCUAAUUUUUUAUUUUAUUUUUUUAAUUUUGUUUUUGCUUCCCCCUCCCCCCCAAUGGAUAUAACCUUUGAAGAAAAAAAAGGGGAUGGGUUGUUGAGGGUGGAGGGGUGGGGAUGGGAACUUUUGCUGCAAAAACAAACAAUAAUAAAAAGAGAGAUUUAAAGAAACUAGUCCCCACAUUCUAAAACUUCGAUUCCUCCUUUUAACCCCCCUUCUCCUUGGAUGGGGGUUUGUACUGAAACUCCCGCAGGACUUCAGAAGGAGCAAGGGAUCUUGCAGAUCCCUCUGUAGAAAUCAUUUCGACCCAGGCCCGUUUUCAUUGGGGACAAAUUUCAAGCACUGAUGUUGAUGAUCCAAGAUUAUAGAGCUACUAAAAAUGACAAAUGUUUCCUUAAUGUCUUCUUUACCAGAAUGUAAAUAUUUUUGUGUUUUUUGUGUUUAAUUUGUUAGAAUUCUAACACAUUAUAUACUUCCAAGAAGUAUCUCAAUGUCAAUAUUUUGUCAAUAAAGAUUUAUCAACAUGGCCUAA